AUGCAACCUGUGCCGUCCCUAUGUGGAGUCGUUGCAGCUUUGCUCCAUGUAAUGGUCAGUUUUGCUCAUGGACAGAGGCAAGAGCUAGGCAUGUCCUUUACCAGGCAUCCUCAACCUUUGGAUGCACCACUGGGCGACGAUGUGAACUUUGAAUGCAACCUCAAUCUUGCCGCUGAUGGGUUUGCUUGGCGUCAUAGACCGUUGGGCUCGGAGAAGUGGUUGCCAGUCGCUCAUACACCCAGCAACGGUGGCAAAACGUCCAAACAUGUGGUGAACUUCGACAACGAAUCGAAAGCCGGUGAUUACCGGUGCAUCGCUUACUACGGUACCAGCGGUUUAGCAUCCGAUCCGGCACGAUUAACGCUUGCCACGCUACAGAAGUUCAACGACAAGACCGACGUUGUGAUACGCGUCGCUGCCGGGAACACAGUACCGAUCACAUGCCCUGUCCCUUACUCGGCUCCCGAGGCCAUAAUUCAAUUCUAUAAAGACAAUAAUCUCGUACAGAAUGUAAACGGGAAAACCAUGGUCAUCGAAAAUGCUAAAGUAUCGGACACCGGAAGUUACCACUGCACCGCCAGUAACUAUAUAACCACUCAACUGUUCACCAGCAAUCAUAAAACUAUUCUAAACGUGCACACGAAUCGCGCUGUCCAAACGCCGUACUUCAUUAAGCAGCCGCAAACGGAAUACAAAGUUCUGCGCGGCAAAAAUGUAACGCUGGAGUGCUUCGCCGUCGGUUAUCCGGUACCAUACGUCACGUGGAGCAGACUGGGCAGUCGAUUACCAACAAACUCGAUUAAAAUACCGUCAGGCUUGAUGAUAACGAAUGUCCAGCCGGCAGACAGAGGUGAAUACGAUUGUAUGUGGAACAGCAACGGCGCGCAAAUAAAAUCUGUGAUUAUACUGAAAGUAAUGGAGGCGCCGAAGGUGGCGAAAGCGCCGAAAACGUCUACAUUUUCCGAGGGCGGGGAACUGGAGCUAUCUUGUACGGUAACCGGCGAGCCACAUCCGAGAGUCGAAUGGCUGAUUAACGGAGAAUCUUUGCUACCUGGCGACAAUUUAGAGAUCAAAGGUGCCACGCUCGUCAUCUCGGAAGUGGAGAAGAAACACGCCGGUUAUGUACAGUGCGCCGCGAGCAACGAGUACGGUUCGGACUCCGGGUAUAAUUUAUUGAGAGUGAACCCGAAGCAACAUAUCGGCACAACUGAGUCGCGGCCAGACUACGGAGUUCCGAAUUCAAGGCACAAGCACACAAGGGGAGGUGGAAGGAGAAGAAACAAAGAGGGAAAGCGAAAGGGCACCGCUGUCCUGGUGCCACCGAAUCAACCGAACGUCACAAGACUAUCCGAUGUGUCUGCGAUGGUUACAUGGUCCGUGCCUAACAACACGGGAUUGUCGAUUCAGUUUUUCAAAGUUCAGUAUCGAGAACUCGGGCAAAAGAUGAACGGCAAGCAAGCGAAGUGGAUGACCGCGAAUUCUGAGAUAUCGAAUCGCGUGAGCUCGUUCGAGGUGACGGAUUUACAGCCCGAUCAUACGUACAGAUUCCGGAUCGCCGCGGUUUACUCGAACAACGACAACAAGCUCAGCCCGAAUUCGGUUCGUUUCCAUUUGAACAAAGGCGGUUUCGAGAGCAACAGAAUGCCCAUACCUCUGUUAACGAACACGGAAGCUUUGAGUCCCCAAGAAGUGCUUCUUAUUUGGCAGAAUCCAGAUAAAUCGGCGAAGAUAGAUGGCUUCUAUGUGUACCAUCGGGCAUCAACCUCGGCGGGGGACUACGUAAAGACCACGGUCGAAGGAAAGGAUUCCUUUAAUAUAACCAUAUCUCAUUUACAACCGGAUACAACGUACGAGUUCAAGGUGCGAAGCUUCUCGGUGGACGCCGCCUCGGAAUUCUCGCAAAUUCUUCGUGAAAAAACGAAGAAACUUGUGGUAGAGCAUCAUGAUAAUGAGAAUCGUAACGAUCACGGUAGCAAUCUAACGUUGGACAGUCGAGUAAGGCCCGCGGAUGAUAAAAACGCGAACAUGUACGCGAUAAUCGGUGGUGUUCUCGGUGGAUCGACUCUACUGGGUGGCUUAACAGCGGUGGCUGUAGUAUAUAAAAGAACCAAACACAAGCAGAGUCGGGAAUCUUCACAAAGCGAAGGCAAACCAAUUACAAAUGGAAGAGUAAUAAACGGUGGUGUAACCGACUCCAAAAUAAAUAUAACGUCAAACCCGCUUGCUGGUCUCGAUACCCCUGAAGAUAUAAUACAGCCUAAGACUAUUCGAUAUUAAGGAGACUAGUCUUUUUUUUCUAGCUUUAGCAUUGGUCUCGUGUGCUGCUACUUUAAUUCUACUUGCUCUCUGCACUAUUCUCUGGAGCCGCUUUUCUUUUGUUUUAUUCCCGAACACCACACACGUACGUUACCCCCCUCAAAACACGCUCUCUUCCGAGCUGAUCUGAAAGAAGCGAACGAACACGCAUGUUUCUAAACAGAGCGGACAACAAUCGCCGAUGGAAAUGGCCUCGUUUCUAAACGGG